AUGGUCAUCCUUGCACAAGUUUCAUGCCACACGGAAUCAGAACCUUGCCAAGCAAGAUCCUGCCAAUGGACUUGGAAAAGUUCCUACUAUCCCACUCGGUUAUCGCCGUCGUUCAACUUCAUCCAAGAUGCGAGUACCAGCCACUGUGAAAGAUGCUUGUGUAGCAUUGUGGCUGCUUGUGGGCCAUUGCCACGCAGCUCGUCUCAUAACCUAGUUCUUUGCCUGCCGUGGAAAAAUAAGGCCGAGGGCUUCAGGCACCGGCCCAGCAGUCAAUAUCAACACGAUUCCGACAAGAGGAUCCGAAUCCACAGAGUAUAA